UCACAUGAUACAUUUUCUGUCAAGAUGGCGGAUAAUCUCCCUUCGGAGUUUGAUGUGAUCGCAAUCGGGACGGGUUUGCCUGAAUCCAUCAUUGCAGCUGCAUGUUCAAGAAGUGGCCAGAGGGUUCUGCAUGUUGAUUCAAGAAGCUACUAUGGAGGAAAUUGGGCCAGUUUUAGCUUUUCGGGACUGCUCUCCUGGCUAAAGGAAUACCAGGAAAACAGUGACAAUGGGAAUGAAAGCCUGACGUGGCAAGAGCAAAUCCUUGAAAAUGAAGAACCCAUUGCUCUUAGCAGAAAGGAUAGAACCAUUCAACAUGUGGAAGUGUUUUGUUAUGCCAGUCAGGAUUUGCAUGAAGAUGUUGAAGAAGCUGGUGCACUGCAGAAAAAUCAUUCUUCUGUGACAUCUGCAAACUCUUCAGAAGCUGCAGAUUCUGCUUGCCUGCCUACAGAAGAUGAGUCCAUAAGCCCUACAAAUUGUGAAAAUCCCAUAGAACAGACUCCAAGCAGUAAUCCAGAGAGUGCCCUAGCGGUAAAUGAUGUUGAAAUGACAAAGGAGAAAGAAAACCAUUGUGAUGACAAAACUUGUGUGCAGUCAACUUCAGAAGAGGAAGCAAGUGAAAAUGUAUCUACAGCAGAAGAUACCACCAAACAACCAAAGAAAAAUAUUACUUACUCACAAAUUAUUAAGGAAGGCAGGAGAUUUAAUAUCGAUUUGGUAUCAAAACUGCUGUAUUCUCGAGGAUUACUAAUUGAUCUUCUAAUCAAAUCUAAUGUUAGUCGAUAUGCAGAGUUCAAAAAUAUUACCAGGAUUCUUGCAUUUCGAGAAGGAAAAGUGGAACAGGUUCCUUGUUCUAGAGCAGAUGUCUUUAAUAGCAAACAGCUUACUAUGGUAGAAAAGCGAAUGCUAAUGAAGUUUCUUACAUUUUGUAUGGAAUAUGAAGAACAUCCAGAAGAAUAUAAAGCUUAUGAGGAGGUUACAUUUUCUGAAUAUUUAAAAACUCAAAAAUUAACCCCCAACCUACAAUAUUUUGUUCUGCAUUCAAUUGCAAUGACAUCAGAGACAACCAGCAGUACCUUAGAUGGUCUCAAAGCUACCAAAAACUUUCUUCACUGUCUUGGGCGUUAUGGCAACACUCCAUUUUUGUUUCCACUGUAUGGCCAAGGAGAACUCCCUCAGUGUUUCUGCAGGAUGUGUGCUGUGUUCGGUGGAAUCUACUGUCUUCGCCAUUCAGUACAGUGCCUUGUUGUGGAUAAAGAAUCUGGAAAAUGUAAAGCAAUCAUAGAUCAAUUUGGUCAGAGAAUAAUCGCUAAGCAUUUCCUUGUGGAAGACAGUUACUUUUCUGAGAACACGUGCUCACAUGUGCAAUACAGACAGAUCUCCAGGGCUAUCCUGAUUACAGAUAGAUCUGUACUAAACGCAGAUUCUGAUCAGCAGAUUUCUAUUUUGACUGUACCAGCAGAGGAACCAGGAAUGUUUCCUGUUCGGGUCAUUGAGUUAUGCUCUUCAACAAUGACAUGCAUGAAAGGCACAUAUUUGGUUCAUUUGACUCGUACGUCUUCUAAAACAGCAAGAGAAGAUUUAGAACCAGUUGUGCAGAAAUUGUUUGUUCCAUAUACUGAAAUGACGAUAGAAAACGAAGAAGGUGAAAAGCCAAGACUUCUGUGGGCUCUUUACUUCAAUAUGAGAGAUUCUUCAGCUGUCAGCAGGAGCUCUUACAAUGAUUUACCACCCAAUGUUUAUGUCUGCUCUGGUCCAGACUGUGGUUUAGGAAAUGACAAUGCAGUCAAACAGGCUGAAAUGCUUUUCCAGCAAAUCUGUCCCAAUGAAGACUUCUGUCCACCCCCACCAAAUCCUGAAGACAUUAUCCUUGAUGGAGACAGUUUACAACCAGAAGCUUCAGAAUUUAGUGCCAUAUCAGAGGCUAACUCAGAGCCUCCCAAGGAAAACUCGUGUCUAGAAAACCCAGAAGAGCCUUCAGAAUAAUGGAUAUACACCAAAUUGGAUACCCUACUUUGGAAAUUCCUCCUAGUUUUCAUAGUCUUCUUAUUGGAAGAACUUUUUGAAAAAUGUUAGAAAGCAAUAGCCAGUUGACAUAUGAAAUUACUGAUAGAAAAAUCAUAGAAAUCCAAAAGGGGAUUUUAAUUUUAGAGGACAUUCUGAGAACACAAAACACUUGUAAAAUAUAUUGUGUGCUUUAAGAUACCAAAUUUGUGGAAUUAGCAGAUAAAAAUUACAGGUGAAUUGAUUCCCAGUAAUAUAUCUAGAUAUGAAAGUGAAAUCAUUUUCAUAUGAAUUCAUGUGUAUAAAAUCACUUUAAUAUCUAGCAUUGAUAUGAAAUAUAUAUUGUUAAUAUUCUGUGGUGUUAGGACUUUUGCUUGCUACUUUAGGUCUUUGAAAGCCACAUCUUCAGACUUGAUUCACGUAAUUCCUUUGAUCGUUUGAAUUAUAUUUCUUUGUUGGUAGCAGCAUAAUGACACAUGGUAAAAAGAAAACCUAGAUGUAAUUGUUGAGAAAAACUUAAGUAUUGUUAUUCAGGCAGAACCUAUGUUUGGAAUAGAGGUUUAUUUUGUUUUCUAUCUUGAGAAUUAUUGAAAAUAAUGCCAUUAAAUUAUAUAGACAGUUCUAUAAACAAAUCAUGAGUCCAUUCAGUUUUUGUAAUGUUAGCAAUAUAUUUGUAUGUGAAUUAUUUACAUACUAGGAAAACUCAAUAAUGAAAACUCAGUAAUGAAGAGUGGAAAAACUUGCAUAGACUCAUCUGUAGCUGGCAUUUCUGUCUAGUCACAUAAUCUAAGCACUGGCCUAACAGUGUGUAGACUUUAUUGAGUCCUUGCUAUGUUGCUGAUACUAGACCAAUUGUUUAGCUUCUGGGCCUCAGUGUUUCCAUAUGUAAGAUGGAAAUAGGUAUGAGACUGGUUUUGAAGAUAGAUGCAGUGUCAUUCUCAGAAUGUUUUUUUCUCAGGAAAGUUUCAGAAUUUUGCCGUUGAUUUGGGAAUGAAUACCAGAAAUCUCAAACAACAAAUAAUGUUCUAUAACUCCCCCAACUAAAUACAUCAUAUUGUUUUUUAUCACAUUAUGCUUUUUAAAUGAAAACCUGUUUCCUAAAUUAGUGUUUUAUAGAUAGUGAACAUAGAAUUGUGGCAUUAUAGUUUUGAAAUGUUUACUGGGAAAACAAUGAAUCUUCAUAGUCUUUUUCAGAAAGGUACACUUCAAACCGCCAAGGACUGAUGACAUUCAGUAAGCCCUAAUAUGGAGUUAACAUUAAAAUGUUAGGUCUUUACAUAGGCAGCAAAUCUAAUACAAUGAUAGUGCCUAUAUUAAUUUUUUUUCAAAUACUGGGCUCUCUUGGUUUAUCUUCUUUUCAAUGAUAAUAUAAAUUUAUUUCAAGAGAUAAAUAUAUUAAGUUUAUUAUCAUGCAUAUGGCCUAUAUUUCUAAUCAUAGAUCCAUGACUACAGUAGAAAGCACAUAGUUCUUACACAUUUCAGUUGCAUGUGAAAUCUGACCUACAUGUUUCAAAAAAGAUCUGAAGGGAAGCUAGCUAGAUCUGUCACCUCACACACUCAUGGGGAAA